AUGGAAGUUUUACAAAACAUGAAUCGUAUGGAUAGGCGCAUUGAGGAAAUUCAAAACCUCAAAAAUAUUAUUAACAAUAAAUUGAACAAAAAUGUAAAUGAUGAUGUUGAUGGUUACAUGAGGCAAUUAGUUGAUUUAUAUUUAAAAUCUCAGAAAUCUAAGAGCAAAAAUUUGGGUAGUAAGAAAGGGAAAAGCAAUUCAAAAAUUAGAUCUGUGUCUAGAAAGAGUGAAAGGAAAAUAAAUGUAGGAAAAGGAAUCGAGAAAAUGCAACAUUAUGAAAAUAAUGACCAGAACAACAUAAAUAAUAAAAAUAAUGAUAAUAAUGAUAACAACAAUUAUGAUAAUAAUAAUAAUAAUAAUAAUGAUAACAAUAAUAAUAAUAAUAAUAAUGAUAACAAUAAUAAUAAUAAUAAUGAUAACAAUAAUAAUAAUAAUAAUGAUAACAAUAAUAAUAAUAAUUAUGAUAAUAAUUCUAAACAAAGCUUCAGUCAAAAAAACAGCAGCGAAAAUUAUGAUAACGGAUCAGGAAGUGAUGAUGAAGAAAAAAAAAAUAAUAAUUAUAAUGAAGAAAAUGAAAACAACACACAGAAAAAAAAGAAAAAGAAAAAAAAAGGAAACAAAAAGAAUAAAAAUAAAAAUAAAAAUAAAAACUCUGACAAGUCCGAAACGAAUGAUGAAGAGGAAGUUACUGUAGAAAUGGAAGAAAAGGAGAACAUCAUUGAACAAUUAAAUGAACAACAAAAUGAAAAAUUAGAUGAACAAUUAAAUGAACAACCAAAUGAAAAUUUUGAUGAACAACCAAAUGAAAAUUUUGAUGAACAACCAAAUGAAAAUUUUGAUGAACAACCAAAUGAAAAUUUUGAUGAACAACCAAAUGAAAAUUUUGAUGAACAACCAAAUGAAAAUUUUGAUGAACAACCAAAUGAAAAUUUUGAUGAACAACCAAAUGAAAAUUUUGAUGAACAACCAAAUGAAAAUUUUGAUGAACAACCAAAUGAAAAUUUUGAUGAACAACCAAAUGAAAAUUUUGAUGAACAACCAAACGAAAAUUUUGAUGAACAACCAAACGAAAAUUUUGAUGAACAACCAAAUGAAAAUUUUGAUGAACAACCAAAUGAAAAUUCUGAUGAACAAUCAAAUAACACGAAUAAGGAUGAACCAAAUACAUCUAAUUAUGUGAACACGGAAAAUGUUAUAGAUCAAGGAAAAGGAAACAAUUCAGAAUGUGGAAACAUUGUAGAAGAACAAAAUAAUGGAGAUUCUUUAGAUGAACGUAAAGAAAAGAAUAUGAAGAGUGCCAUAAGAUUUAUGAAGGAAUCUAAUUAUGAAGAUCCUCAUUUAAAUGCUUGUCUGUCAGAUAGUAAUAUAGAUGGUGUGAAUAUAAAUCAAAAUGAAGAAGAAUUAAAAGUAAAAGAUAUAUUAAGUAACCCAUUUACAACGAGUAGUUACAAUGAAGAAAAUGAAAAAGUGUCUAAUAUGGAAAUGCAUUCUAAUAAUAUUGAAAAUAUUAGUAAUUGUAUUCAGAAAAAGAAAACACAAAUCAAUUUAAAUAAUGUAUUGAAAGAAUUAAAAUUCAAAAGUGCAAAUAAUAUAAAAUAUGGAAGAGAUAAUAAUUUUGAUGAUAUAACAGAAAAAUAUAUAAAUGAUGGUUCAGAUGAUUUAGAAACAUAUAAAAAAAAUAGCUCAAUAAAUGAUGAAGAACCUUAUCAUUAUACAAAUUUUGUUAAACAUUAUGUAACAAAAGUUGGUAUAUAUAAUAAUAUGGAAAAAAACAAAUUGAAUUUUAAUGUCCCAUCACAAUCCUAUGGUAUUAAUCAUCUUUAUAAUAUGAACAAAAACUCUUAUGAUACUAAUUCUUUUCAAUAUAACAAAUCUUAUUCAUCCACAACUAACGAAGAACAGGAAAAGGAUAAAAGAGAAUAUGGAUUUAAUAAUUGCAUGAAUUAUACAAAUAUCAACUGUUCUAAUAUAAACCAAAGUUAUUCAAACAUGAUCAGAAAUUAUAACACAAUGGUAAAUGAUCAUAACAUAAAUUGUACAAAAACAAAUAUAAAUUGUACAAAUCCCAAACUAGAUUGCUUAUCCAAAUCAUUCUCUAAAAUUAGAAAAAUUAACCUUUGUAAUUCGGCCUACUAUCCACAUUGUACUUAUAGCAACCCAUUAAAAUCUAUCAAAAAAUAUUCUUGUACAAAUACCAAAAAUUAUAUAAACGAAUAUAAUUGUACGAAAAAUGCUACAUCCAUGCUUCCAGACUUUUCAUGUAUGAAUGGAGUUGAAAUUAUGAAAAAGCACAUAAAUAUCGAUAAUAUAAAAAAACAUGUAAACCUUGAAAAUGUAAAAAAAAACAUGGAUUUAAAAAAUGUGAAAAAACUUAUAAAUUUAGAAAAUAUAAAAAAUAAAAUAAAUUUUGAGAAUGUGAAAGAACGUGUAAAUAUAAAAAAUGUAACAGAUCAUAUUAAUAUAGAGAGUAUAUCUAAAAACGUUGAAUGUUUUGAUAAUAAUUAUUAUGAUAUUUUUGAAGAAGCAUAUAAAAAUUAUAUUAACAAAUAUGUAAAUAAUGUUAAGAAUACAAUUAAAGAAAAAAAAGAAUAUUAUAAAAAAAACGUUAAUUGUAAUUAUGAAUUAAUUAAUAAAAAUCUCCUUAAGGUUGCAGCAAACAAUAUUAAUAAUUUAAAUAAUAUGUAUUUAAAAAAUAAAUCAAAAUUACAAGGAUUAAAUACCAAAAAAUAUAUUGCAUUUAAUCAUAAUAAAUAUGUUCGAUUCUUGAAUUCAUGUUAUGAAAAAAAAAUGAAUUCAGUAAAAAAAAAAAUUGAAUUAAAUAAAAAAUUCCUUAAUAACUAUUUCCAUGCAUGUUAUUUUGAAUGUUCAGAUAAUCCAAUGUUAUCUAAUGAUAUAUCUAGAGUAUCUUCAUGUCCAGAGUAUCAAAAUUCAAAUGAACAAUAUCAUCAGAAGCAAUCAUCUAUGACAAAUUCAAUUAAUUCAAAAUCUAAUAUAUAUAACAACUCUAGUUCACAUAAAUUAUUAAACACAGAAAAAAAAAAAAAUACAAGUAACGAUUCAGAACAAAUCAACAACAAUUUAUCUUUUCCCAAUUCAAACAAAGAAUUUAAUAGUAAUUCAGAAAUUGAUAUCUCCUGUUUUAAUAAUGGUGUAAAAACAUUUAAAUAUAUGAAAGGGAUUUUUGAAGAUUCAGGAGGAGCAGAAAAUGAAAUAAUUUAUGAUCAAGAAAAAAAUAUGUAUUUUGAUUUAAAUGAUAAUGCAUAUAUUAAUGUUAAAGGGAAUCUUUAUUUUAAUACAAAAGAUAAAUUAUUUUAUGAUAUAGAAUAUAUUAAAGAUAUUUCUUAUGAUAAUGUCAAAAAUAAUCUAUUCCAUUUCGGAAAUUAUCUCAUUACAGAAAAAUAUGCACCAUGUAAAAUAAUUAUGAAAAUGUGUGCUCAUAUUAAUCAAUUUAUGUAUAAUUUAUUAGGAGUAGCGAAAUAUGAUAUAUAUUAUAAACAUAAGGAUAACUUAGUUGAAAUUAUAAUUAAAUGA